AUGUGCCUUUGCCUGGGUCCCAGGCACGGCGUUGGCCAGCUGACAUUUGCGGAUGGCACCACUUAUGUGGGGCACUUUGAGAACGGGCUCUUCCAUGGCUGUGGCGUGCUCACCUUCUCUGACGGCUCCAGGUACGAGGGGGAGUUUGUGCAGGGCAAGUUCAACGGCGUCGGCGUCUUCACCCGCUACGACAACAUGACCUUUGAGGGCGAGUUCAAAGGCGGGCGCGUGUACGGCUUCGGACUCAGCCCGCUCUCGGGGUCAAAGUAG